AUGCAGAUCCAGUCUUCUAGUCCACAGUCCAAAGCCUCCAGCUUCAUCCUCAGUCAGAGAUGUGUGCUGGCCUCCAAAAUGGAAAUCCACCGUGAACAGAGCAUCUGCCAGGCGCGAGCCGCCGUCAUGGUGUACGACGAUGCCAAUAAGAAGUGGGUCCCAGCGGGCGGUUCUACGGGCUUCAGCAGAGUCCACAUCUAUCACCAUACCGGCAACAACGCCUUCCGCGUAGUGGGCCGCAAGAUCCAAGAUCAUCAGGUGGUGAUAAACUGUGCCAUUCCCAAGGGGCUGAAGUACAACCAGGCCACGCAGACCUUCCACCAGUGGCGCGACGCCCGACAGGUCUACGGCCUCAACUUCGGCAGCAAGGAGGACGCCAACGUAUUUGCCAGUGCCAUGAUGCACGCCCUGGAGGUGCUCAACUCCCAGGACACAGGCCCCACAUUGCCCAGACAGGGUCCCCAGGUUCAGAAUGGCCCCACACCGGAGGAGAUGGACCUGCAGAGAAGGCAGCUUCAGGAGCUGCAGAAGCAGAAGGAGAUGGAGCGUGAGCGUCAAGACAGGGAGCGUCAGGAGCGCGAGCGCCUGGAGCGAGAGAUGCUGGAGCGCGAGCGACAGGAGCGUGAGCAUCAGGAACGGGAACGUCAGGAGAGGGAGGCGCAGGCGGAGAGGGAGCGACUGGAGCGGGAGCGCCAGGAGCAGCAGGAGCGCGCCGAGCGUGAGCUGAUGGAGAGGGAGAAGGCGGAGAGAGAGCGGAUGGAGAGGGAGCAGCAGGAGCAGUUGGACAGAGAGCAGCAAGACUGGGAGAGAGGGAGACGCAUCUCCAACGCCGCUUUCGAAAGCACCCUGUGCACUCCCACGCCUCAGGAGUACAGCAGGACGUCCUCCACACCCGUGUCUCCGUCCACGCCCACCUACCCAGCCCCUGGGACGCCAUCGCCCUCCUCGACCACUCCCCCAACCCCACCUCUAAGGCAUUCGGCCUCCCGAUUCGCCACCUCGCUUGGUUCUGCCUUCCAUCCCGUCCUGCCUCAUUACGCCACCGUACCAAGGCGACAGCAAGCCUUUCCCCAAGCCCCGCCUCCUGCUCCAGCCCCCGUCCCGGCCCCACCUCCUCCACCCAAGUCUGUGGUGUGGUCAGCAUGCAACUUCACCCCCCUGCCCCCCUCACCCCCUGUCAUGAUAAGUAGCCCCCCUGGGAAGGCUGCCGGCCCACGGCCGCUCAUCCCCAUCGCAGCACCUUCCCCUCUCACCCAGAAGCCCCCCUCACCGGCCCCAAACGGCCCACCCAUGUUCCCCGCACCUUCCCCCGUGACCAUCCCGCACAGCCACACACCCAUCGGUAUCGCCUGCCCCACCCCACCGCCCCCACCCACCCCGCCUCCUCUCCCCUCCCCCGUAGCUCCCCCUCCGUUUUCCUCCUCCGUCUCGUCUCCCCCCUCCUCAUCCCAGGCUCCUGGUGUGCCCUCUCCCUCCACAGCACCCCCUGCUGCUGCAGCCGCCGCCACCUCUGCCUCUGCUGAGCACCUCUCUCUCCCCGUGGGCCUGGGCCUGUCGGGGCCAGGGGAGCCAGACACAGCUACAGGCCCAGAGCCCCACCCGCCUCAACCUACCCCGGGGUUGAGCACCCCGACCCCUCCCCCACCUCCACCCCUGCCACCCGGCUCCACUGUGACCUCUGCGGCCGCCACCCCGGUCGCCACCCCCACCACCCCAGCCGGCCACCCUCCCCCGCCCCCACCUCCUCCACUCCCUCCUACACUGACUCCAGGCGGGACCCCCCCUCCUCCACCAGGUCCACCUCCUCCUCCUGGAGCCCCACCCCCUCCCCCGGCGCCUCCCCUUCCCGCUGGACUGUUCUCUCCUGCGGAGGACCGCCCUAUCUCAGGUCUGGCGGCUGCCCUCGCCGGAGCCAAGCUGCGCAAAGUGCCAAGGAGUGAUGAUGCUGGGGCAGCUCUGGCAGCAGCCAUGUUGGGUGCUGGAGGGGCCGCGGGGGCCAAAUCUGAAGCAAGAGGCAACGGCCCCCUGCCUGGAGGAGGAGGGCUAAUGGAGGAGAUGAGCGCCCUAUUGGCCAGGAGGAGAAGAAUUGCUGAGAAGGGCUCAUCACCUGAACCUGACCAGAGAUCAGAGGAGGGCGAGAUCAACACGACCCCUAAAAUGUCAGCCUGUAGCACACCAGACAUGCCCAGGAAGCCAUGGGAAAGAACAAACACCAUGAACGGUAGCAAAUCUCCAGUUAUCGGAAGACCUAAAUCCACUCCUACGCCCACUGCAUCCUUAAGUGCCAACGGUGUGCCAACAGAAGCUGUUGACUAUGACAGAUUGAAACAGGACAUUCUGGAUGAGAUGAGGAAGGAGCUGUCAAAGCUAAAAGAGGAGCUCAUUGAUGCAAUCAGGGAGGAGCUGGGCAAGUCCAGCACGGCGUAGAGGAUCCGACGUCCUUCUUCACAGCAUCUACAUCCACGUGACCCAACAGACAACCACAGUCAAUUUAAGACAUGACAACACAACAGCGGAAAAUAAAAUCAGCAACACGGUUGAGAUGGCGAUGAUGACAAUAAUCAUAUUAAUACUGAGAGAGGACAUAAUUUGGGGCAGAGCGGCAUCGGACAGAACAACAAUGGACAGGGUAGUGGUGGGAGGCUUGUAACUGACAGCUGUGCCUCACAGAAUCCACUCUAUGGAGGCUGGUGUUCCUGCUGCCUCCCCACCCCAGCCCUCCCCCCGCUGAGGGCAUUGCAUCCUGGAGGACAGUGCACAGUCUGAAAGAGAAGCCAGUGUCUUUAUGCAAAGAUGAUUCCUCUCUCUUUGUCCUAUAAUAACAAGAAAAAACACACAGGAAACAAUAUUGAACUCUUCGAUGAUACUGUAUUAACCAUUGGCGCAUAUGUGAACAGCAGUGUUGAUGCUAAGAAUCAGAACUCUUGUGAUUAACUAUCAAAAGGCGCUUUUAUUAAGAAAGUUUGGAGACAGGAAGAAGGUGGGGAUGAAAAAUCAAAACUUUUUUCCCAUAAUGCCAUAGGGGUAGCCCGUGUGCGUGCAUGUGUGGGUGUGUGAGAGUGUGUAUGGGGGACUGACAGUUUCUGAUGAGGUCCACCACUGCAGGACACUGUAAAGCUUGUCUUCCUCAAAUACUAUUUUAACCAGAAUAUGUACAAAAGAGAGAAAAAGUUAUUUAGAAAAAAAAAGUAUCUAUCAACCAUGUCUGUUUCAGUGUAGAUCUAUGGCCAUAUCAAGUAGCUCAAUAAUCCAACCUUUACACAGGAUGCUCUCUUGUCUGUCUCUUCGUCUGUGGAAUCAUAACCAGAAGUGUCGUUUCCCUCCUGAAGUGAGUGCUCUGUGGAGACGUUUUACUCUCAUUUCUUUGGUCAUACUGUCGAGUGGCAGGUGGAUGAGAAAUGGAGGGUAGCUGCCUGUCAGACAGCAGCCAUUGUAGCUCUCUACCAAACUUUAUCUGUCAACAGAAAGUGCUGAUUUGCUAAUACCCGUCAUGCUCGUUGAUCAUGGCCGGACGUGUAGAUAGAACUGACUUUUCCUUCCAGGACGUUUUGAUUUUAAGACUCUCUCUCCCUCUUUCUCUCUCGGUCUCUGUCAUGUUUGUCAUACUUAGGUACUCUGUUUGAUGCAUGUUUUCUUCAUACGGUGAGGGUCACAAGUCUGCCACGAAAUCGCAUUAACUGUCACAUGUUUUAUUACAAGCAAUAAGUGUAGCAUCUAUUUUAAGGCCCACCAACCCCAGUCCCACCACCACCAGACAUUUAUCAGUGUCUGUCUGUCCUUUUUGGCCCUCCUGAGCCCCCGUUGGACGAUGUUACUGUGUGACAAAACGCCACCUCUUGUAUCGCAGAUUUUCUGUGAAGCUGAAAGUCGGCUGACAUGAAAGAAUAUCAGAGCGACACUGUAAGACAUGAUUCAUGGAAUAACACCAUUUCUAAAUCACAACACUCUCCUUUUUUAUUUUUUUCUAUAAAAUCCAAGGAUACUGUAUCUUUAGCCACAUUGGAGCUGAACUGAUUUUUUAUCCUUUAUUUUUAUUUUACUGCAUUUAUAAAGUAAAACUUUUGAAAUGUGCACAGGACAACCCAAAAGUGUAAGAGAUGGUGUCCGUAUGAGGACAUGAAUGUGCCAUUUACUAUUUCACCAGUGCUUAGUGAUGACGUGUUUGUUUCAUCUUUUUUUCUUUGCCUUUUUCUCCUACCGCUGUCAAAUCCUUAAAAUGAAAAACUGUAUUUUCCCUGAGAUUUUACAGAGAUAAGGGAACUGUCACUUUAUUCUAAAAAGACUUGUGUUUCAACAUUUCCUUCAGUUCAGUGCUGAGUUUGUUUUGCUAAUAGCUCAAGUACAAUCAACCUGAGAGGGAUAUGUUGGGAGCUGAGAGACUGAUAUCCAGAUACUGUAGCUGUUGCUCUGAGGUCACAUGUCAGGGUCAUGGUUAAAACUCCAUGUUACAAUUCUGCACUCCUGCUGUCUGAAUGACAUCCUGAGGAGGGACAGUCGGACUGAUACAAUCAAACCUCAUGACUGUGACAGCCACCCACAGUGGGAUGUGCAGGACAAGCUUGGCUCUUGAAAACAACCUCUGGCUUUGCAAAGUGACAUCCUAAACAAGCUGGAAAAUGGUGCUCUGUGACUUAGCAUCGACAGUGUGAAUCUCGUAGUACCUCGAUUGUUACGUCCAUCAAAAUGAGAACACACAAAGCAUUACCAUGUGCACACUGUCACAGCACUUCACUCUUAAUGUCAUAAUUCUGGCUUCCUUGCAACAGUAACACUAUUUAGCACUUAAAGGGGCACUCCUGUGAUUUAAUAUUGUGCUUUAUUAAAGUUGCAGACUUGAGAAUUGCAUUAGGCAUACAACAACAGUCAAAAUCAAAUCAACAAAGACAGAAAUUUCCUGACUUUUAAUCCUGCUAAAAUGCAGCUUCAAAGCAUCUUUUCAUCAGACACUGGCCUGAUUAAUGUACACACCUUCAAACUCCACAGUCCCAGUUUGUGAUACUAAAUUUCGGUUAAGAAUGAGUUGUUUCCAAGCCUAUGCCAAGGCAACACCGUCACUAUGAUAUUAUCAGGGGUAUUUUGUCUGACUCAACAAAGAUUCUCCAGAACUGCAAAAGACAUAAUACAACUGUUUUCAGGGGCUGAUCAGUGCCCCUCAUGACAAAAUCUGUGGAGUGUCCCUUUAAAUUAUGAUCAGGAGAACCAGCUGAGGAGUUCUCAUCAUGCCUUGCUUUUAUCCUGGGAUCCCAAUGUAAGGUUUGUUAAUCAGUGGCUGUCCGGCUGUUGGAUCUCAUACUACACAACUGUGUUCAAGGGCUUGGAUGUUAUAGCUCUGCUACAAAAGAUGAGAAAUCACUGAUUAGAGUUUCAGUUUCUCGCAUUUGCUUUGGAUUGGGUCAAAUUUCUUAAAAACACUGAGAUGAGAAAAGUGUAUUUAUUUCUGGUGCAGACAUACGGAUGCCACAGUCCUUUGGUUUGAGUGUAGACAGGCGGUCUUGGCAUCUUUUUCAGAUUUCAGAUCUGUUUCAUAUCUCUCUGUUGAUAAUCAUCUUCUCAUCCUUUUUUAAAUGGAAACAUCCAGCCAAGAGGCUCCCUGUACUGAGUGUUUACACAGCAUCAAUUGCACUUUAAGACACCAACUCACAGAGCAAACCAACAUACUCUGACAUGGGUUGCUUAGAGCCUCUGUCGCCAACAGUGUGGCUAUCUCACCAAAGGAUUCAACUCUGCAGUCUCCUGCUAAGCAUAGCCUGAUCACUCUCAACAAAGUCGCCUUUCUUAUUUUUGUAUCAUUUUGUCAAGAGAUCUAACAAAAAAGAUGUCCGUCUCUGUAUUCAGUCCUCUGGACGCGAUGGCAGGUGAAGCGCUUUGAUCAAGAAAAGUUUCUCUUUGUGAAGCUACGUGGUUUGUGCCUUGUUCCGAAGUUGCAUUUAAUAUGUCAAAGAUAUAAAGAUGACUAGUAAUAAUAUCUAGGGACUGUCAUAAUGAUCACAUGCCGUUGUCAUUUUGCUUGUCUUUCUUUUCUCCAUCAUGGUCAAGUUGAUUUGAACGGAGAGUUUAAUGACCUUGGUACUGUUCCCCACCAAAAAAAACAUCUUUGCACCAAGAUCUCCUUUUUUUUUGCUUUUUUUUACAAAAAUGUGAUUUUUUUUUCCAUACAGUUGUGAGCUUGCUUAUACAUCCAUACAGCUCAGAAGUACAAUCAAACCUUUUAGACAUGAGGCCUAUAGGGGUUUGAAGGUGAUCUUCGCUCUGAGAUGAUUUUUUUGAACCUACAGCCCUGUUUGGUAGUCCAGAUCAGUCUGGCUGCAGUGUUCUGUGUUCCCUCAUGCCAUUUAAAUGUCACAUGUGUUUAGCAGCUUAGCUUUCUUUACACACUUGGACAUCUGUUUUGUCCUCUGCAGUGAGGUCUGCUCCAUGUUGAUGUCAGAUAGCUGAUAGAAGCAUUUAUCUUUGUCUGUGAACCCAGUUUUUUUUUUUUUUUCUGAGGGAACUGAAAGAAUUGUGAAUUUGCAGAAAUAUUUGCAGAGAUGAAUUUGGAUGAAGCAAGUUUCAUGGAUGGGUUUCCAGUUAUCAUCUGCAUUGUACCAUACUGUUCUCAUGUUAAUUAGUCUUUUCUUACAUGCUAACACAUUGUUUUGUUUGAGCAAAUUAAAUAAAAAUUGCAAUACAAGACAA